CAUAUCUGAUUUUUUUUUCACGGCCAAAUUUGGGCUCCAUUAUCGUUUUUUUUUUUUUUUUUUUUUAAUGUUACGUAAUUUGCUAAGUCUUUUUCCCAUUCAAACCAUUCGCCUUGUUUACCUUCCACGUCAAGAACAUAACCGUUUAGACAAUAGAAUUUUGACACGUGUGUUCCACUUCACCUUUCUCUUUCCCAAUAUUCUUGGCAAUGUUUUCAACAGCCGAACUUGAAAUGACAAAAUUAGUCAUCUCAAAAUCCUAAUCUCUAUUUAUUCUAACAUCUUUUACAUAUAUAACCUUUUGGCUGACAAAAAAGACAGGAAUUUUAUCCAGUUUACAUCAUGUUAUAUAUAUACUUGAUCGGAUAUAUAUAUAUAGAGAGUAUUGUAGGCGUGAGAUCAAGUGUGAGAGAGUAACAUGUAGUUUUUUUUUGUCAAACACGGAGAUCAGAGUGCUGACACGAGAAUUAACGACAAACAGACAAAAAAGUUUACAUGAUCAGCACAUAUGACACAUAAGGUCAGAUUAUAAUUGAAAAUGUAGCACUACAAACAUCGAUCUUCAGUAUUUCCAAUAGUCAUUCGUUUCAUGAUUUGGAGUGUUUUCAAUAUAUAAAGAGGAAAAUAACUGAAUAAAUGAGUAUAAAAUUGAGAAUACAGGAUUGAAGAAGGAGACAUCAUUUGGAGCAUGAAGUAACACAAAACAAAAUGAUGAUAUUCACAGCUUCUCUCUCCCGUUUCUCUCAAAACGGAGCCACCCACCUUUUUUUCUAUUUCCUUUUCCUAUGUCUCCAUUCUAAGUUCUAACAUCAUCAUUACUUCGUUUCGUAUAUUAAUCUAUAGUUUCAUUUUCUAAUUAUAUUUUUGUUUGUGUGUAUAUAUAUAAAUGUUCAUAUAUUGUAUAAAUUACACACGCAUAGAAAGAGUGAUGGUGAAUUACGCCAACGCGAAAUGAGCAUAUGAUUACACUCUGAAGUCUAAACACACAUGUCAUCGUUCAAGUGGACGGUCCAUAUCUCUCUUUUUCUAUACCUAAUCAACAUCUUCAAUAAGACUCUCAUUCUAUUGAUUUUCCCUUGAUAGAGUCGGUCGGUUUCUUCUAUGAUCGAUCUUUCUAAGAUCAAGAAGAAACCGCAGCCAAAUAAACCCUAGAAGAUAACUAUCAAUAUGAUGAAGGUGGAUCAAGAGUCGUGUAGUAUACCGCCUGGAUUUAGGUUUCAUCCGACAGAUGAAGAACUUGUCGGAUAUUAUCUCAAGAAGAAAGUCGCCUCCCAGCGGAUUGAUCUCGACGUUAUCAGAGAAAUUGAUCUUUACAAGAUCGAACCAUGGGAUCUACAAGAGAGAUGUAGGAUAGGGUACGAGGAGCAAAAGGAGUGGUAUUUCUUCAGUCAUAAAGACAAGAAGUAUCCGACUGGAACUAGGACAAACCGAGCCACCGUGGCCGGUUUCUGGAAAGCAACGGGCAGGGACAAGGCGGUUUACCUCAACUCCAAACUUAUCGGUAUGAGAAAAACACUUGUCUUUUACCGAGGUCGAGCUCCUAAUGGCCAAAAGUCUGAUUGGAUCAUUCACGAAUACUACAGCCUCGAGUCACACCAGAACUCUCCUCCGCUGCAGGAGGAAGGUUGGGUAGUGUGUAGAGCAUUCAAGAAACGAACGAACGUCCCAACCAAAAGAAGGCAACUUUGGGAUUCGAACUGCUUCUUCUACGACGCCAGUACUCUCUUGGAACCUCUGGACAAGCGAGCCAGACAUAAUCCUGACUUUGUCGGCACACCGUUUAAGCAAGAACUACUCUCCGAGGCCAAUCACAUCGAAGAUGGAGAUUUCGGAUCUAUGUACCUUCAAUCCAUGGAUGAUGAUCAAUUAUACCAGCUUCCUCAGCUGGAGAGCCCCUCUCUUCCGUCGGAAAUAACUCCGCAGAUUUCGGAGAACAGUAGCCGGAAAGAUAACGUGAGCGCCGAGAAGAGGAUCACUGACUGGAGAUCUCUAGAUAAAUUCGUGGCGUCGCAGUUGUUGAUGAGUAGUGGCGAAGACUAAAAGGCUUCUUUUCUAUGCAUGCAUGCACAUGAAAAGUCGUCGUAUUUUGGAUUUACAUAUAUGGUCGUAAUAAAUUCAACCAA